AUGGUGGUUCACAACCCAAACAACUGGCACUGGGUAGAUAAAAAUUGCUUACCUUGGGCGCAAACAUACUUUAACGACAAUAUCAAAAACACAUCCUUUGAGAACGAUGACUACCACUUUUACAUAUCCGACGUUCAACCAGUGAGUGGCCACUGCGACGUCACUCAAAGAAAGGGUAAGGUUUUGUGCAUAUAUGAUUUGAGACUUGUCUUCAAUGUCACCGCAAAGGUAAAGAAUGCCUCUGAAGGAGAUCAAACAAAGUCAGGAACUAUCACCAUUGCCGAAUUCGAACAUGAUCAAGACAAGAGUGAGUACAUGUAUGAGACCGUUGUUGAUGAUGUGUCAAACAUGGUGAGACAAUACUUGUUACCGCUAGUGACUUCGAAGUUGGAAAAGUUUCAACCUGAUUUGAUAGAGGCACACGCUAAGGAUGUGCAACAUGCCGAAUAG